AUGCCUCUUCGUGAUUCAACGACAUCGGAUUCACCUCCCGAUUCUCCUAUGAGUGAAGACUCACCCAUCCAAAAGGAACCGAGGCCCAUUGGCCGAAAGGCUUCUAAGGCAAAGAAAGCGGGUAAUUCAAGCAAUCAUAAUUCAAAGUUUUUGGAGGAAAUUGCAAGGCAGAACACCGUAAGAAUUGAAAUGGAGCAGAAACGCCAAGAUAUGGAGGUGACAAUUCAUGCCGAGUGUGCACAAGAAAAGGAGAUCAAGAACUCUGCCAACUGGGGUUCCUACAAGUUCAAUGCUGCCAAUGUCACAUAUCAAUACCAAGGUGCGACUGUGGGAGUAAUUGAUAUCGCAAAGGGCAAGGCUGGAUGGCUUUCGACCAUAAAAAGAAAUGUGGAGGUGAGUUUGAGUUCAAGUGCAAUAACUGGUUCAAAUCUUGGAAGCGAAUUGAGCAGUGGGGUGUUGACGCUCAACAGCGUAGGCAGAUUGAAUGGAAAAGUUGCAAUUAUGUUCAUAAUGAAGAAGAAGAAGGCUACCAACAUGAACUGCACCAUAGCUUUUGAUGUGGCAGCCAAGACUCUCAAAUCUUUACAAUGCAAAUGA